CAGAGAAGACAGGGACGACCCUGGUCGCCGCUGCAGCUGCUGCCACCCCCCCACCCCUGCUCGGGGAUGUACCUUUCCAUUUGUUGCUUCUUCCUCUGCUGGGCUCCUGCCCUGACACUGAAGAACCUGAAUUACUCAGUGCCGGAGGAGCAGGGAGCAGGCACGGUCAUUGGAAACAUCGGCCGCGAUGCACGGUUGGCGGCGGGGGCAGCAGGUGGUGGGCUGCUGCCUGCUGAGCGCGGUGGCCCCGGACGCGGACCCAAGUCCACCUUCCGGGUUCUGGAGAACUCGGCCCCUCACCUCCUAGAUGUGGACGGGGAGAGUGGGCUGCUCUACACCAAGCAACGCAUUGACCGUGAGGCACUGUGCCGGCGCAGCACCAAGUGCCAGCUGUCCCUUGAGGUGUUCGCCAAUGACCAGGAGAUCUGCAUGAUCAAGGUGGAGAUCCAGGACCUGAACGACAAUGCACCGACAUUCCCUUCUGACCAGGUGGACAUGGACAUCUCAGAAAAUGCUGCGCCAGGCACCCGCUUCCCCCUCACUAGUGCCCACGACCCAGAUUCUGGGGACAACGGGCUGCGUACCUACCUUCUAACCCGUGAUGACUAUGGACUCUUCUCUCUUGACGUGAAGUCCCGUGGUGAUGGCACAAAGUUUCCAGAGCUGGUCAUCCAGAAGCCAUUAGACCGUGAGGAGCAGAGCCACCACACUCUGGUGCUGACAGCACUGGAUGGUGGCGACCCACCACGAUCGGGCACAGUGCAGAUCAAUGUUCGCCUCAUUGACUCCAAUGACAACAGCCCUGUCUUUGAAGCAGCCUCCUAUGUGGUUGAACUGCCAGAGAAUGCACCACUAGGGACAGCUGUUAUUGACCUCAAUGCUACUGAUGCUGAUGAGGGCACCAACGGUGAGGUGCUCUACUCCUUCAGUGGCUAUGCACCUGAUCGUGUCCGUGACCUCUUUAGCAUCGACCCACAGAGUGGCCUCAUCCGUGUCAAGGGCAACCUGGACUAUGAGGAGAGUGGUCUCAUAGAGAUUGAUGUCCAGGCUCGAGACCUGGGGCCCAACCCCAUCCCUGCUCACUGCAAGGUCACGGUCCGCCUCAUUGACCGCAAUGACAAUGCUCCCACCAUUGGCUUUGUCUCCGUUCGCCAGGGAGCACUGAGUGAGGCUGCCCCACCAGGCACCGUCAUUGCUCUUGUGCGGGUCACUGACCGUGACUCGGGUAAGAAUGGGCAGCUCCAGUGCCGGGUGCUAGGAGGUGGUGGUGGGCCUGGAGCUGUUCCUUUCACAUUGGAGGAGAACUAUGACAACUUCUAUACUGUGGUCACCGACCGGCCCCUGGACCGUGAGGCACAGGAUGAGUACAAUGUGACCAUUGUGGCACGUGAUGGGGGCAACCCCCCACUCAACUCCACCAAGUCGUUCUCUGUCCGAAUCCUUGAUGAGAAUGACAACCCACCCCGCUUCAGCAAGAAUCUUUAUGUAUUGCAGGUGCCCGAGAACAAUAUCCCUGGAGAGUAUUUGGGCUCUGUCUUGGCUCAAGACCCUGACCUGGGCCAAAAUGGGACAGUCUCUUAUUCCAUUCUGCCUGGGCACGUGGGUGACGUAUCCAUCUACACCUAUGUCUCCGUCAACCCAACCAAUGGUGCUAUCUAUGCCCUGAGGAGCUUUAAUUAUGAGCAGACAAAGCACUUUGAGUUUCGCGUGCUGGCCAAGGACUCAGGUUCACCCCACCGUGAGAGCAACGCCACAGUACGUGUCACCGUGCUCGAUGUCAAUGACAACGCACCCCUCAUCGUCCUACCUGCCCUCAUCAAUGAUACCGCUGAACUGCAGGUGCCACGCAAUGCUGGGGUGGGCUAUCCUGUGGGCACCGUUCGUGCCCUGGACAGUGACUUUGGGGAGAGUGGGCGCCUUACCUAUGAGAUUGUGGAAGGCAAUGAGGAGCACCUCUUUGAGAUGGACCCCACUAGUGGUGAGAUACGCACCUUGCACCCCUACUGGGAGGAGCUCAGCCCUGUGGCUGAACUAGUGGUAAAAGUCAGUGACCAUGGCAAGCCCAGCCUCUCUGCGGUGGCCAAGCUCAUUGUCAGGGCCUUGGCAGGGCCCCUACCCGAGGCUGGCGAGCCACAAGUGAAUGGCGAGCAGCAUCGGCGACCACACUGGGACUUGUCGCUGCCCCUGAUCGUGACCCUGAGCACUGUCUCCAUCAUCUUGCUGGCUGCCAUGAUCACUAUUGCUGUGAAGUGCAAGCGAGAGAACAAGGAGAUCCGCACCUAUAAUUGUCGCAUUGCCGAGUAUAGCCACCCUCAGCUGGGAGGAGGGGGAGGCAGUGGCGGGGGAGGAGGAGGCAGUGGCAGUGGAGGGGGCAAGGGCAAGAAGAAGAAGAUCAGCAAGAAUGACAUUAUGCUGGUGCCCAGUGAGGGCGAGGACAGCCGGGGCCCCCUCAAUGUCAUGAACGUGGUGAGCAGCCCAUCCCUGGCCACCUCACCCAUGUACUUUGACUACCAGACCCGCCUGCCCCUCAGCUCUCCCAGGUCUGAGGUGAUGUACCUGAAGCCCGCCUCCAACAACCUGACUGUACCCCAGGGACAUGUGGGCUGCCACACCAGCUUCACAGGGCAAGGGACUAACGCCAGCGAGGCUCCCCCGAGCCGGAUGUCCAUAAUUCAGACAGACAAUUUUCCCGCAGAGCCCAAUUACAUGGGCAGCAGGCAGCAGUUUGUUCAAAGUAGCUCCACAUUCAAGGAUCCAGAAAGAGCCAGCUUGAGGGACAGCGGGCAUGGGGACAGUGAUCAGGCUGACAGUGACCAAGACACUAACAAAGGCUCCUGCUGUGACAUGUCUGUUAGGGAGGCACUCAAGAUGAAAACUACUUCAACUAAAAGCCAGCCACUUGAACAAGAACAAGAAGAAUGUGUUAACUGCACAGAUGAAUGCAGAGUGCUUGGUCAUUCUGACAGAUGUUGGAUGCCACAGUUCCCUGCAGCCAGCCAGGCUGAGAAUGCAGAUUAUCGCACAAAUCUCUUUGUACCCACAGUUGAAGCUAAUGUUGAGACUGAGACUUACGAAACUGUGAACCCCACUGGGAAAAAGACUUUUUGUACAUUUGGGAAAGACAAGAGAGAGCACACUAUUCUCAUUGCCAAUGUUAAACCUUAUUUAAAAGCCAAACGUGCCCUGAGUCCUCUGCUUCAGGAGGUUCCCUCAGCAUCGAGCAGCCCAACCAAGACAUGCAUUGAGCCUUGCACCUCAACAAAAGGACCUCUGGAUGGUUGUGAAGUGAAAUCAGGAGCCUUGGCUGAACCAAACAGCCAGUACUUGUCAACUGACAGUCAGUAUCUAUCGCCUAGUAAACAGUCAAAAGACACUCCCUUCAUUACAUCAGAUCAGAUGGCUAGGGCCUUUGCAGAUGUGCAUUCCCGAGUGAGCCGAGACUCAAGUGAGAUGGACUCUGUUCUGGAACAGUUAGACCGUUCAGCCCGGGAUCUAGGCAGGGAGUCGGUGGAUGCCGAGGAAGUUGUGAGAGAAAUAGACAAGCUCUUGCAGGACUGUCGGGGAAAUGAUCCUGUGGCCAUCAGAAAGUAA